AUGCAGCAGCAGCUAGCAGCAGAAGCAGCGGAAGAGCUGCUGCAGCGGCUGCGCCCACUCGAACUCUUCUUGCUGCAUCUUCUUUCUGCCCCCGUACAUAACCUUUCCGAAGACCAAAAGGAGGCAGUCAUUCUGUCAGCGCCUCCCUCUUGUCUCCAUCAUUCCCUCUACAGCAACAACAGCAGGAGCAGAAGUAGCAGUAGCAGCAGCAACAGCAGUAGCAACACCAGCACCAACACCAGCGGUAGCACCAACAGCAGCAGCACUGGCAGCGGUAGCACGCCAUUCCCCCUGUUAAGCUCUGUAGAGGAAGUGCAGCAGGGUUCUUUGUUUGCUGCUGGCGAUGCUGUUGUCAAAGAGACAAUUGCAGAUUGCUGCUUUCUGGUGUCUGCGCACCUUCGCGCCUUCCAGUCCCUUCACCUAAAAGCAGACAGCUUGCUGCUGCUGCAAGAACCAGAAGCCGCAGCAACAGCACGUGCAGAGGGCACCGAAGCAACAGAAGCAGCAACAGCGGCAGCAGCAGGGGCUGCAGCAGCAGCCGAUAAAGACCUGCCGGGAUGGUACCAGCAGCAGCUAGGGAGGAGCACUCUGUCUUGGUUAGAGGAAGCCCUCGCCUUUUCUUGCGGCUCUCUCCUUUCGCAUCUCCUCAGCGUCUCCCUCACUCCAGCAACGCCCUCACCAUCCUCACAUGCUGCUGCUGCUGCUGCUGGUAUUGGAACAGCUAAGGGCGGUAGCUACCCUCUGGGGGCCGUACUAGAUCUGCCGCUUCCUGCUGCUGCAGCAGGUGGGGAAGCACCACCAGCAGCAGCAACAAUACGCAGCAGCAGCAACAACAGCUCGAAUGAUGGAUUGUGGGGUGCCCGCAUGCAAGAGGAGAGGCUGCCACUUGCGGCGUUCCAGCUUGCGACGUCGGCGGAUGUCUUGGCCUGCGCUGCUGCGCUGCAGCAGCUGCAUGCAGUGGCGCUGCUGCUGCUGCCAUUCCAGGGGAGCCAUGCGCAGCAGCAGCAGCAGCAACGACACGAUGGGCCGCAGCUUCUAACGAAGCCGUCUUUUGUCGUGCGUAUGGUGCUGUUGCUCUUUAGCUGCAUCGUCCGCCCGCCGCUGGGAUCGCUGCCGCUGCUGCAGCAGCAAGCAGCAAAUGUUUCGGGCUUGCAAGGAGACGCAGUAGGCGUAGAGGUGUGGCUUCCAGUGCAGCAGCACAGGCGAAGAGCACAUUUUGCUGCUGCGCUGAUCAAAACCUUUUCUGCUGCGAAGACCCUUGCGGCGCGCUGCUUGAACUGGUGCCCCAGCCGCAGCAGCAGCAGAAUUAGAAGCAGCAGCAGAAUCUUCACCUUGCAGCAGCAACACUCUGCUUUGCUUCAGCAUCCUGCUGCUGCCAGCCCACCUACCUUAGAGCCUGCUCCUGUCGCUACUGCGGCACCUGCAGCUGCUGCUUGCGCCGGGAGGUGCACACGAGCAAAGGCAGCAGCAGCAGUACUCCGCUUGCUGCAGCCGCUCUUGAGGCUGGUGCGCCCCCCUCCCCCAAAGACAGUGUACAUACAGUGCGGAACAGUGCAGCAGCAGCAGAAGCAGCAGCAGCAGCAGCAGCAGAUACUACUUGCAAGCGGUAAGCGCUGUGCUGCAAAGCAUGCCUUGCUGACUGAGGGAUUUUUAUGCCGCCUUGCUGCUGAGGUUUCGAGACUCCAGUCUGCAGCAUUUUCUCUCUUUCUGUGUCUGGCGAAGCAGCAGCUUGCUGCUGCUGCGUCUGCUGCUGCUGCUGCCGCACGGCUGCAGUCGGGCAGCAGGACGAGCGACUUUGCGCGUCGCCUUAUGGUGACCAACACGCCAUCGCAGCAGCAACUACAGCAGCAACAACUGCUGCUGCUGCAGCAGCAAGCCCACAAGGCGUUUGCGGCUGCUGCUCUUUUCAACUUCAGCGUCGCUCUUGUUGUUGCUGCAGCAGACGCCACACGACGGGCAGUCCUCAGGUGCUUUGCGCGUCUGCGGAAGUUUUUCCUCUCCCGUCCGUUGCAGCAACAGCAGCAGCAACAGCAGCACAACAUUCGCAGCAGCAGGGGGACAGGAGCAGCAGACACUGCAGACGGAAGUACUAGCUCCCCUUUUCGCUUCGUCUGUGGCUGCCAGAUCCCGCACUGCGCCGCUGGCGACAGCCCAGGUGGAGCAGCAGCAGUAGAAGCUGCAGCAGCAUGCGCAGCACCAGCAGCAACAACAAAUGAUGCAGCAACGGUAACAAGUGCAAGAGGUAUUGGCGGAGAUGUGGUGUUGAUGUUUAAUCCGAAUGCCGGCGCCUUUGAAAUGUCUCUAGCAGCACAAGACCCUGAGCUAAGGUGUUAUCUCAACAGGGGGUUGAGCGUGCUUCUUUCGAAUUACCGCGGGUCUUCUUCUUCUGCUGGUUUCCCCUCGCUGCCGAACAUAUUAAGAGACAGCGUUGAUUUAUAUCGUUUUGCUGCUUCUCUUCCAGGUGUUCGGUGCAUUGCCCUUCACGGCCGGUCUAUUGGCGGUCUGCCUGCUGCUUACGCGGCUUGUCUCUCUCAAUCCCUGCAGCAGCAGCAGCAGCAGCAGCAGCAGCUUUCACUAGCUGCUGCUGCUGCUGCUGCUCCCCCAGGCUGCUGCUACCCCUCCAUGUUCCCAUGCGAAAUUAGCAGCAGCAGCAGCAGCAGCAGCAUGACGACAUGCAGCAUGGCGCGCAGAAACAACUGCAGCAGCACUCACUGCAAAAGAAGCAGCAGCAGCUGUGCGCCUGUGGCUCUGUUGUGCAUUGAUAGAAGCUUCUCUUCUCUCGAAGCAGCAGCAGCUUCCUUAUUCGGCUGGUGGGCGGCAGCGGCUGUCCGGGGGGCAACGGCUAUGUCUGCACUAUGCUUGCCGGCUUGUUGCAGCAGCUGCAGCAGCGCCUGUUGCAGCUGCUGCUGCAGUAACAGGAGCAGCUGCUGCUGCAGCUUUCAGCUGGGGAGGAACUCCCCGCAGAACGGAUCUUGCUUGCAGUCUGGCGAGCUGCUCAUGCUGGAGGAGGGCGCUGGCCCCACCAGCAGCAGCAGCAGCAGCGACAACAACAACAGCAGCAGCAGCAGGGAAAGCAGCACGACGCUUGCACUAUCGCCUGAAGUGACAGCAUUUUGCUCAGCUGGGUCAGCAGCGGCAACAGGAAAUGCCGCCCCGGCAGCAGCAGCAGCAGCAACAGCAGCAGCAACAGCAGCAGCAGCAGCAGAGUGCUUAAAAUGGGCUUCUUCAGCAGCAGCCUUUCGUGCUGUGAAGUGCAGUAAAGUAGUUGUCUAUACACCCCACGAUGAAAUAAUAGGAGAUGCGGCCUCGCUAAAGACAGCUAUGGCGCGCCAAACAAAUUCCCUAGCUUUUCAAAUGCUAAUGGAGGACUUGCUGCUGCUGCAGCAGCAGCAACAGCAGCAGCAGCAGCAAGGCCGCUCCGUUGGUGGUAGGAGCAGAUGGGGUUGGGCAGCAAACACAAAGAAAGCAUCUGCUGCGGCAGCUCUGUCUCUCGAGGCAACCCUCCAGCUUGUUAAACAGCGCGGGGUUCCCUUGCGCAAGCACCAACAGGAGGAGCAGCAGCAACAGCAGCAGCAGCAGCAACUGCAGCAGCAGCAACAGGAGCAGCAGCAGCAGCAGCAGCAGCAGCUGGGGCUGAGUUAUCUCUGCUCAGUUGCAGCAGCAUGGCGGUUCCUUGGUGAGUUUCUCCUUCUUGCUGCUGCUGCUGAGGAGAGGGCUUUGAGGCCAAACGCUCUUAAAAUGCUUCCGGAUUAUCCCCUGCUCUAUGAGAUGUUCCAAGCAGCAGCAGCUGCUGCAGCAGCAGCAGAUGCCCUUUCGCUCAACUCUCACCAAGGGCAACAAGAGCAGCAGCAGCAGCAGCAGCAGCAGCAGCAAAUUUUGAAUGUUUUCAAUAGGACUUUCCGAAGGGCAUCCAAUUUGCUGAGACCCUCUCCGCCUCCAGAAGAAGGGGAGGCUUUAACUCUUGCCGCUCGGCAGGACUCUCAGAUAGAGCUUGUCGCUAGCUGCACCAGCAGCACCCGCAGCACCAGCAGCAGCAGCAGCAACAGCAACAACGGCAGCGAAGGCAGGAGAGUUGAUGCCACUUUUGAGCGUUGCAGAAUUACUUCGUUAGCUCCUUCUAUGCGGGAGCAGCUGCUUGCUGCUGUCGGUCGCCGCUGCAGACGCCGUAGCAGCCGCAGCAGCAGCAGCGCACUGACAGGAGCUGAAAUACACAGACUGCUGCUUUCCUGGCUUUCCCCUCUACAGAAGGAACUUUUGGAAGUUGCAGGACUACUCGGGGGGCUGCUGAAUGCUGCCGGAAGUCUGCUUGGGUCUUCGCUGCAGCGAGCUGCUGCUGCCGCUGCAGCAACGGCGCCAGUUCCUGCCUUAGCACCAGCAGCAGCAGCAGCAGCAGCGCCCAUUAAGGACUUCUGCUGCAGCCUAUACCUUUGGGGGAGUGUACCGACCGCGCCUCUCCUCUCGUUUGUGGCAUCCAUAACAGCAGAAGCAACAGCUGGAAUGCUGCAGCAGCAGCAGCCACAGCAACAAUUACUGCAGCAGCAAGUACUCUACCAAGAUGAGCAGCAGGCAGUGCAGCAGGUGCUGAAGCCUUCCGUGUGGAGUCAGCUACUCCCUUUCUUGAGAGAGGAGAUUCUAAGAGACUUGCUGUUAUUAUCACUCUUUAAGGCCAAGGUGUUACAGCGGCAAGUCGAGCAGCAGCAGCAACGGGUUCGGCUGCUGCAGCAGGAGCAGCAGCAGCAGCUGUUGCUGCAGCUCUUUGUCGCUGCUGUGCAGAGAGCGGAACCUCUUCAGCACGUCUCUUCAACAACGUGGGUUUCUUCUGCUGCUGCAGCAGUGCAGCAGCUGCUUCAUCUCAUACAUCAGCAGCAGCAGCUCCUGCAGCUCCUAGGCUCCGCUUCCUUGACGAAGCCCGAGCAGAACAGCAGCAGCACCACCAGCACCAGCAAGCGACGCCACCGCAUGUCCCGAAGUGAAGUGCAUCUCCUAGGAGCCUUCUGCGCUGAAUUUGGCGGCGUCACACCACAGAUGCUUCUGCAGCAGCAGGAGCAGCAGCAGCAAGAGCAGUCACAGCAGCAAGAGCAGCAGCAGCAAGAGCAGUCACAGCAGCAAGAGCAGCAGCAGCAAGAGCAGCAGCAGCAAGAGCAGCAGCAGCAGCAGCAUCCUCUGGGACUUUACAUCCGCUGUUGGAUGAGGCUUCUUGGGUGUUUAUCGGCUUUCCUGCUACAGCAUCGCGUCGCUGCAGCAGCAGCGGCAACAGCAGCAAAGGUUGAAGCAACUCUGCAGCAACAGCAGGUGCCUAGAUACUUAGCAGCAGCCGGAGCGUUUGCUCAAGACAGAGAAAGAAGCAGCAGCACCAGCAGCAACAGCAGGACCAGCAGCAGCAACAGCAACGGGGACUCGUAG